AUGAGUGCUCCGUCUUCAUCUACUCAGUUGUCCACGGCCGCCAGCCGCAGACAUACCGCAUGCACUCCGUGCACCAUUUCCAAAAGAAAGUGCGUUGGCUUCGUGCCCGGUACUGGUCGGGAGCAGCAAGGCAAAUGGAGAUUGGACUCUGACGCCGCUGACGGCACGGAAGAGAAUGACAACAAUAUGAACAGGUCAACUGGCUACUAUUCGACAGAAGAAGCAGCUGCUAUUCUUGCACGGCGAAGGAGAGCCAGGGAGCGCUACAGGGCUCCUAGGAACACGGGGAGCAAUGACCAAUCAACGCAUGGACAAGCACCUAAGGGCUCAUACGAAUCUUGGAUCGACAAAAUGUCCGCCGUUGAAUAUAACAAUUAUAUAAUGGGCACACUAGAGGAAGGAGACGCUCCUUCAGCGGGACCCACAGAUCCCGAGUGCUGGUCUUGGGGUUCUAAUGCUGGACCGGAUUUUUAUUUCGCACCCAAGUCAUAG